UUAUCUAAUCAACUUAUAUAUAUAUAUUUCCUUCUUUGCUAAUCAUUACUUAUAAUUUUCUCUUAAAAGAAUCUGCAUUUUCUUGAAAAUGAGAAAAAGAGUUGUUGCCAUGAAAAUUUGUGAUUAUUCUUUAUUGGCUUGUCUAGUGAUUACUUUAUUCAUAAGUUGUUUUGGUGAAGCAAGAGAGUUUGAUGUUGAUGGAAAAGCAAAUUCUUGGAAGAUACCUUCUUCACCUGAUGAAUUUAAUAAGUGGGCUGAGAAAACUCGUUUUCAGAUUGGAGAUUAUAUAGUUUUGACAUAUGAUCCAAACUCAGACUCAGUACUACAAGUGAAUGAAGAGGACUACAACAAUUGCAACAAGGCCCAACCCAUAAAAUCAUAUCAAGAUGGUGAAACCAAGAUUUUGCUUGACAAUUCAGGCCCAUUUUUCUUCAUUAGUGGAGCAAAUGGCCAUUGUGAAAAUGGCCAAAAACUUGAAGUUAAAGUUUUGUCACCUCAACAUAGUUUACCAAAGGAUCAUUCUCCGGCGUCGGCUCCGGUGGAUUCUCUGGUGGAAUUCCUCCCUCCGGCACCGGCUACCGCAAGUGGAUGUGAUGGCAUGAAGUUUGGGAUCAUUGGAGGGUUCAUUGUUAUGUUUGCAACUUUUGUUGUUCUUGCAUUAGUUUAGUCUUAGUUUUAAAUUUUAGUUUUUUUUUUUUUUAAACAUGACUUGUUUUUGAAAAUUAUGUUGGUAGUUCUUUAUUAUUAGUAGUAUUUCUUUUGUGGUUUUUGGUUAUCUUUGGCAUAUUAUUGGAGACAUUACCUUUUUGUGCAAUCCUGUUUCUUAUUUCCAACAUUUUAACGCUGAUAAUGAAAAAUAUAUUUAAACAAUUAGAUUACUGAUAAGUUAAUUAUAAGUAAAUCUUUAUGCUAUGUAUUGACGUGUAACCUAGUAAAAACGGUAGGUAGAAUUCUUGCACAAGUUAGAAUCCUAAAACAAGAAAAACUUGAGUAUGUCUUGUCUCCAGAGGUUUCAUUAUAUUGUUAUGUUGGCAAGUUUUGUUGUUGCAUAGGUUAAUUAAUUAGUCUUAGUUUUACAUUUUAGGGUUUUUUUAAUGACUCAUUUCUGCAAAUUCUUUGCUUACUAUCAGUAGUAUUUCUUUUGUGGUUUUGUUUGUUGUUGCCAUAUUAUUGGAGACAUUAGGUUUUUGUUCAAUCUUAUCAUAAUAUUGGAGACUAGCAUUACUUUGUUGUUUUUUUUUUUUUUUUUUUUUUUUUUUUGUCAUCUUUGGCAUAUUGGAGACGUUAUCAGUCUUGUUGUCAAGUUUUACUUGUAAUUAAUGUAAUUACAAAUAAAUCACUAUGAAAAACAUUAAGUGGGUGAAAUCCUUUUACCGGGGAAAGAAUCCUAAAACAAAGAAAGACUUUAACUCUUACUACGAGGUAAAGAUAAUUAAACAUAAAGAUAACAUCAAACAAACGAUAAUGAUAAAGAUGUGAUCUAAUUUAAUAAUGAUAAAGAUGUGAUCUAAUUUAAUAAUGAUAAAGAUGAGAUUUACUUUAAACUGUAACAACUUAA